AAUAAACCAGACAAAAGUGCUGAUUUUAGUGUGUGUGUGUGUAUGUGUGUGUGUGUGUGUGUGUGUGUGUGUGUGUGUGUGUGUCACUGUAGUAUGCCUCAAUGGAUUUGACCUUAUUUUAUCCAUAUAAAUCCAAUCAUAAUCGUUGUGCAUAAAUAUCUUCUUUAGAUAGAGGAAAAGAGAAAUAGACAGACAGAUAGAUAGAUAGAUAGAUAGACAGACAGACAGACAGACAGACAGACAGACAGUGUUUAUUUUAUUCGUAUCUCGACCUGUAGAGUACACAUUAGAUCACAACUUUAAUAUUCGUUUCCUACCUGUUUUAGUUGUUAGAUUAGAUAUUUAUUUAUUUAUUUAUCCCGUUCAUUUCCGUGUCAUGAGCUCUGGACUUCCGGUGCGGCCUCGUUGGUGCUAAAGAUGGCCGGCGAUGGAGGCGCUCUGAAGGAUAUAAACGAGAUCAAGUCGCAGUUUCGCACCAGGGAAGGUUUCUAUAAGCUGCUCACGCUCUCGGACUCGCAGCAGCGCUCCGGGUUAGCCCGCGGUCCCGGUGCUGGAGGCGCCGCAGCCGGUUCCGCUUCGAUACCGGGGGGCGGCGGCGGUGUGGUACCGGGACCCGGCGGCUCCUCUCCGGCUUCGGCGGGCUUCCUGCCCCCGGUGCGGGUCUCCAUGGUGAAGCUUCAGCCGGAAGACCCGAGCGAGGAGUCCGAACGUGUGUGUUUCAAUGUCGGGAGGGAGCUCUACUUCUACACGUACACCAAUAUUAAAAAGGCAGUGGAUCUAAGUAAGCCUAUAGAUAAGCGUAUAUAUAAAGGGACUCAGCCCACGUGUCAUGACUUUAAUCAGUAUUCAGCAACCGCGGACAGCGUGGCUCUCAUCGUGGGGUUCUCGGCAGGCCAGGUGCAGUACCUGGACCCCAUCAAAAAAGAGACCAGCAAGCUCUUCAAUGAAGAGAGAUUAAUAGACAAAACAAAAGUGACCUGCCUCAAAUGGCUCCCUAAAUCUGAGAACUUAUUCCUGGCCUCCCAUGCUAGUGGUCACCUCUACCUCUAUAAUGUGGAGCACCCAUGUGGCACUACAGCGCCGCAGUAUUCUCUGCUUCGUCAGGGUGAAGGUUUUGCUGUUUAUGCUUGCAAAACCAAAACGCCUCGUAAUCCACUUCUGAAAUGGGCAGUGGGGGAAGGUGGGUUGAAUGAAUUUGCCUUUUCACCAGACGGUGUGCACAUAGCUUGUGUCGGCCAAGAUGGUUGCCUACGUGUCUUUCAUUUUGAUUCAAUGGAGCUGCAUGGUGUCAUGAAGAGCUACUUUGGUGGAUUGCUCUGCGUUUCUUGGAGUCCAGACGGGAAAUAUUUGGCUACUGGUGGAGAAGAUGACUUGGUCACUGUAUGGUCGUUUGCAGAAAGUCGUGUAGUGGCACGAGGUCAUGGCCACAAGUCCUGGGUCAACGUUGUGGCAUUUGACCCUUUUACCACCAGCUUAGAAGAAGAGGAACCAAUAGAGCUUAGCGGUAGUGAGGAGGAUCUCCACCAGGGUCAGGGGUCAUUAAAUUUUGGUCGUGUGCGAACCAGCAGCACUUUGUCCCGUCUCUCUCGACACAGCUCUAAAGGUGGUGGGCCAUCUGUCUCAUACAGAUUCGGAUCAGUGGGACAAGAUACCCAGUUUUGCCUCUGGGAUCUCACAGAUGAUGUCCUGUAUCCUCGACUUCCCCUUUCCCGUGCCCUCACUAACACUUUCAGCUCCAACGCACCACCUUCCAUUAGUGCAAGUCUAAACAGUACAACUGGAAGUGGAGGAGUUGAAGGUCACCACCACCCUUCUAACACCCAUCAGACAGCAUCAUUGCCCCUUCCUCUACCUCGCUCACUCUCAAGGUCCAAUUCCCUUCCACACCCUGCUGUUGCAAAUGCUUCAAAAAGCCAAGGGGGGACGGAAAGUGGAGGGACGGUAGGAAGUGCAGGGGUAAGUAGUGCUCCCUUUAGCAUUGGACGUUUUGCGACAUUGUCGCUCCAAGAGCGCAAAUCAGACAAGUCCGCUACUGGAGGAGAAAAGGAGCACAAGCGCUACCACAGUCUUGGGAACAUCAGCAAGAGCAAUGACAAGAUCAUUGUAGCGCCACGUAGCAACCGACUAGAUGCCUCUAAGGUGCUAGGAACAACAUUGUGUCCACGGAUGAACGAAGUCCCAUUGCUAGAACCUCUUGUUUGUAAGAAGAUUGCUCAUGAGAGGCUCACAGUUCUUGUCUUCAUGGACGAUUGCAUAAUCACUGCUUGCCAAGAGGGCCUCAUCUGCACCUGGGCAAGGCCGGGCAAAUUGGUGAGACCUCAAAUGAUUGCAUUCUUCUCAACCAUUAUCGACACAAAAUGGAAACUCACCCAGUGGAACGGUGGUAUAGCUGGCAGCAAAGCUUUUUCACAGUCAACUCCACUGACAGUUCCUGCUUCCUGUUUUCAGAGGCUUUACUUCUUGUCCUUGAGGCCUGGAGUUGGUCUGGCACAGUGUUACCACUGUUGUUAUUACCACUGUCUCAUUUUCAUAACCAUACAAACAUAAAACACACAAACACAGCUUAUGACAAAUAUACAAAGACGGUGACACAAGCCACACAAAUGUAGAUACUUAUCUUCCAUAUCAGCUUCACCAUACGUUCCGUUAACAUUUUUUUUUUUUUGAUGUAAAGGAGACUGGGACAUUCCUUCUAUCACCCCACCCCCUUUGCCAAAAGGAAAGGAAAGGGAGGGGAAAAAACACUGUAGAUGCCACGGCCAUUGUAUCUUAUUUAUUUAUUUUAUCAUUGAAACGGUAGUUAUUUAUAUUGUACAUAUUCAAAAUAUUCUAUAAAGGCAGAGGACAAAUGUAUUGAAAUAACAAACUCAAAUAAUUAAUAUAUGAAAAUCCUAUAUUGUACAUAGUUAUGUUUGAAUGUUAUGUUUGUGAAACGUAGGGGAUCUAAAGAUUUAGCGUUUCUGUAUGCUAGUGCUCCCUAUGCUGUUCUGGCCAACGAUUGGGAUUUGAUGAAGUAGCUGCAUUCCUUCUAACCUAUACGGGUCUUCUGACUCUUACAGAACAUUGUCCUUGAAAGAAUUACACGUUCAACAAGGUAGACAUACAGAGCUAAAAUGCUACUAGCUUACGUUUGGUAAUGACUCAAAGCAAAAAUGUGACAUUUUUACAAGCUUUCUCAAAUCUAAGCUUUCUCAAUAAUGCUGACUACAGUUAUUGAAAUGCUGGUAGGAUGAAAAUAAAAUCAGUUUUUUCCAUCAGUGAAUUAAACUAGGCUUCGCAAAUUAAGCCAAUUUGCUGGCUAAUUAAGAAAGAUACUUGUCACUGUAGUUCAGUAACAUAUAUAACUGUUGUAGCAUCUAGUAGGCAGCAUUUUUAUUACCUGCUAUGCCUCUUGCAAUAUUUUGCACAAAUUAAGAGUUUUCAGUUAUAGCCUAUUAGACAAGCACAGAUGGUUCUCCAGAAGAUUGAACGUUUGAGCUAGCAAGUUUUUUUUUUUUUUUGGGGGGGGGGGGGGGGGGAACAGAAUGUUUCAAAUAAUUUGAGGAAUGUAUAGCUAUUUUGCUGUCUAACUAAAUUUGGAUUAAUGUGACACUGACUGUGGUGGUUUUCCUGUUAUCAUUCAUAUAAAAUUUGUUUUUUUUUUUGAGUGCCCCUGAGCUCCACUGUUGAGAACUUGCUGUCUUGGUUAUGUUUGUAUUGUUUUAGUAUAACGGUAACGUUUACAUGUUGAUGUUUAAGGUAUUGAAGUAGCUCUAUUCAUUAUUAUAAGGUUUUGCUUAACACUUUUUCAUCGCAUGACUGAAGAAGCUUCGCUUCUUAGCCACAUUCAGUAUCUUAGCUUAGUUAGUCAACAGAUCUGCUCUGAAGGGAGGACCACCACAGUCACCAAAACAGCUGCUGAGCUAGGUUAUGUGAUUUAUGAGCAAAGAUUUCCAAAACACUGUCAAAAAAAGAUCAACAAUUAGCUUGCUCUUUAACAAUCCUUCAUCAACUUCAGUUUUUUUUGCCUUGUGUGUUGUCCGAUAUGUUAAUAUUGAUUGUAUAGUGGGAACCAAUUAAACAGGAAGAAGCUUGACAAUGACGGAGAGCGGAAUGUGGAUGAAAUGAUUUGCUUUUAAGUUUUAUGUACGCAGUGUAUCCUUUAGCAUACUAACUAGCUAACAGUGAAGUAAGUAAGCUCCAUCAGCUUUGCUCUUUAGAUUUGUGAACCGAUUUGUCCUCAUUUUGACUGAACUCCUUUAGCAGACUUCAUGCGUUUUGCCGAAAGGGUAGUCGUCUUUUCCUACCCCAAUAAAAACGCCAAUCAGCAUAUUAAUAUCAGUAUAUGAAAUGAUUGACAAUCACAUACAUGAUUUGAACUAACGCAGCUGAAAGCCCUGCCCCUUCCUGUCCCCCUCUCAAAUUCGUAAUAUUUUAGCUUCCGGCUCUUUUCAACUCAACUAGAAUUUACUGGAAUGUUCUGCCUGAAAGACACAACACACAAUCAUUUAUGAGAUCGAGCAACCUAGGUUGUUUGGCUUCGCUAAGGAUAUAUAAGUAGAGUUAUUAGGAGUAUACUGAAAAGAAUUCAUUGUUGCAUAUGUGGGACCAUUUCACCCUUUUGUUUGUCAAUAAAUGCUAGACAAGCGAUUUGUGAAAGCAAAAGUCUUGAAAAAUGUACUUUUUGGGCUGUUCUUCUGUUUAUGCCAUUUUUACUCCGUACGCAUUCCACAGACAACGCAAUAUUUCACUUCAGGGUAGCGUUUGAAACAUUUUAGCUUGAGGAAGUUACUUUGAGUCGAUUCCUCAUUUACAAACUUUGCUCAGACAAACGAUAACUAAGUGGCCCUUGAGACGACAACAUAAAGUGGUGUCGACGAUGACGUGUUUAAAGGCAGAGUUUUAAUGCAGGAUUAUAAUUAUUUUAUUAUUUUGUUGUCCAAGCUACGUUUAGCUACUGAACAAUGCGUAUGUUUUUCCCCCGUCUCUGUUAUCAUUCCUACCUACGGAAUAGAUUUGUUUUUUCCAGUGUAAACACGUUUUAAUCUUUGAGUUACAUUCUGUGCUUUUUUUUAUUACUUUUUCCCCAAUUAAAAUUUUUUUAACAGUUGGUUUUAAUUUUUCUUCACACUACAGAAAUGAUCUUUAAUAGCAGAGUUGCACUUAUCUGUUCGGUAUGCUUUGAUUUUGUUUGAGUAUAAUUUUAUCAGCCAGUUGCAAACUUGAGAGAGAUAUAUACUGUAUAUAUCUCUUUCGGACACCUUUGGUUUGACUUACUGCUUAACAUAAAUUUCUGGUUUAACUUGCUCAGUGUAAUAGUUUUGUAAUGAUAACUAGCUGCCUAAACAACAGCACUGCUCUAUUCAUGAUAGCUCGUUACACUUCCAGGCUAGCUAGUGUUUGGCCCAUUUGUUUAGCUAGUGUUUUAAAAGCCAUUAAAUUAGCUAGUCUACUAUCAUUAGGAUACCUGUUGUAAACCAGAUAUUCUAAGAUAAACCAGUAUUUUGUGUUAAGUUAAUGGUGAUGUCAUGAAAUUUGCUCCACAAUUCUCUUUAUCGAAAAAAUUCAUUCAGUGCAUUCGUAUUUUCUGACAUGGCAGCGGACCUUGUUGAGUGUUUGAGCAAAACACAACAAAUGCUAUUGCCUGAGCAGAAAAAAAAACCCUGGAAGUAAGUAUUUACCACCAUUUCAAGCCAUCUCUGUACACUUGGAAGACUGUCUUGCAGGAGCUGGCACGUUCUUCAACGUUGCUUAUAUUUCAGCGCGACUUCCAUAAGCAUGUUUAUUUCCCAGUAUGUGUGCAUUUAACACAGUUACAUGGUAAUGCCUGAGACCAACCAAGUGGCAAUCAACAUCACAAUAUCAAGUUUGUAUAUGGAUCUGAUAUUAAAACUCUUAAAUCAUG